CACAACUCUAUGCCGCAAUACAACAGCCACGAAUAUGGCGGUUCGUAUUAUGCUGGCUAGCUUUAUUUUCACGUUGGUUGUUCUAUUACUCGUUAUGCAAGUUGAUGGCGCUAGGAAGAAAGGCAAGCUAACAAUUCGGCGCGCACAAACACAGCACAGUCAUGCAAAAGGCGCGCGGCAUACCAUCAGAAAACAAGUGGUUAAAUGUUGUGGAGCCAAGUCCUGUUUUUCAGAGCGGUCGAGCACAAAAUCAAGCAAUUGGAAAAAAUUAAAUGCCACUACCAUUUCUGAUGAAGAGAUAGACGAAACAAAUGAGGAAGCUGGUGGCCAAGAGUCCUCCACAGAAAAUGGGGAAGCUCCGACCAGUGACACUAACGAAGCCUCAUCAGUAGAAUCAGCAGCAACCGAAGCCCCAGUUGACGGAGCCGUUACUCCGAUCGACGAGCAGAGUUCACCUUCAAGUGAAGAAGGAAGUACAGAAGGUGAAACGACUGCAGAAUUAGCUGAAAGUUCUUCCAUGGCAUCAUCGUCGACCAACGGCGGUUCCUCUGGCUCAAGUACUUCUUUGAGCGGAGCUUCCAGCCAAAGCGUGCCAGGCAUUGGAAUGACGACAGGGUGGACUACAACAGUUUCAACCUCAACUACAUCAGCUACAACCACAAUUACAGCAGUUUCGACCACAACCCCCAAAACUAUAACAACAGCCGCAGCUUCUACAACAGCAAAAUUAAAUGGGAACGUUAUCUACACUUGCCCAAGCAGCUGCACAAAAAAUUCAACAUUGUUUACAAACGGCCAGUUAAAAGACCCUCGAGACUUUGGAUUUUGGGUCGAGUCUUGCGGUCAGCUUUUCCUUUUUGGGAAAUCAAUUGUGGACUGGGAAGCAAAUUUAAACCGCUGUUGCUCCUUAGGGAUGCAACCAAUAAUGCUAGAGAGCGAUGAAAAGCGGAAUUGCUUCAACAACCUCACCAAAGAUUGGAUAUUCAAUUCAAAUUAUUGGACGGCGGGGCGGAAGGUCACCGACCUAAAUGAAUACAAUUGGUGCACCACGAGUCAAGUGUUCACCAAAAACACAAAUAUGUGGGCUACAGGAUAUCCAAAUACAACCUUGACUGCAAAUGAGGGCUGUGUCCAUUUAAGAAUUGUAAAAAACUCAAAGGUUGAGACCACUGAAAGAAACUGCACCGAUAAAUAUGUUUUUGGUUGCCAGGGAGCGCCAACACCUCCUCCUUCAUGUUCAGCCCCUGCUUGCCCGGACUUAAUGUGCACUAAAAAUGUGUCUUACUUCACAACGCUGGCAGAUAAAACCACAAUGAUUCUUACUAAUCCACAAUUGCAUGGAACUUGGCACUCAAUAAACGGAAGAAUUUAUAUGUUUAGCUUUGGCUCGACUACAUGGCAAGCAGCGCGUCAGGAAUGUUGCUCGAUUGGCAUGAAACUCUUGAGCGUAGACUUUGAUUACGAAUUCGAUAAUUUAUUCCAAGCACUCAAAGGAGUUUCAAUUCACAACGUGACAACGCAAGUAGGAGAAUUCUGGAGUUCAGGCGCAGAUAUUGGGUGCGAGUCAAACUACGGGUGGUGCGCCGUGAACAAAUUAGUACGAAAUGCGAAAUGGGCAUGGCAGCAACCCAGCGAUCGCAAUGGAUUGGAAAAUUGCAUCUCCGUUAAAAUUGAUAGAAUAGCACCUUUAUUUUCUGACAAUAACUGCGAGAAUAAAAUGAGAUAUAUUUGCGAGUCGAGGGACACAACCAAAUCGACUGGUAGCUCUGAGGCAAUUGUCGACGAGUGUGGACAAGUUUUCAAUGUCACACGCCAAGAGGCAGAAGACGUUUUGAAUAUGACGUCAAACUUCACGUCAAAAAUCAAAUGCUACUUGAGAUGCCUGGCAGAACAAAGUGGAUAUAUGAUCAAUGGCAAGAUUGUCGACGAGAAUUUGCUAGCCAUGGCCGAACUUUUGGCCGCCAAAGCGCCUCCUACCAAAUUACAAGAAAAUCUCCAAGCUGUGGAUUCAUGUUCCUCAAUAAAGGGCAUGGACGAAUGCGAUACUGCAGCAUUUGUCUAUCAAUGCGGGCAGGACAAGGCGCCCAAUCUCGUGUCAGACAUAAUCGCCUCGGUGGAGAUGAAUAGCUCAGCGGAAACGGUUCCUCUGCAAGGCGAUGUAUCUAGAUGUCCAGCCGAUUUUCCAUGUCAAAUAGACGACCUGUCAAAACUUGAAUAUGAAAACAACUCGCUUAAUACAACAAGCGGAUCAGCUGGGGGAACGUUUUUCACGGCAUGUGGGUUACGCUAUAUAGCAUUUUUAUCACAACAAACUUAUGGAAAUGCAGCGACAAUAUGUUGCAAAUAUGGACUUCGAUUGUUAGUGCUGGAUUCACCUGCCAAGCAAAAGUGCAUUGUAGAAAGCUUACCUGACAGCAAUUUUCUUCCUUCUACCGCUCCUGCUAGUAGACUAGGCACUGGCAACUACACCUGGUGCAUGUCAAGCGCACAACCAUUUAUGAUGAACGAGUUUGUUCAAUCGCCUGUUAAUACCUGGGGAGAUCAGUCGAUGUAUCUCCUGACGUAUGAUUUUGGUAGUGCGCUACCUAACUAUCAACCGGGGGAUAUAGUUUCACUUAACGUGGAUCCAGCAGGCCCACUUGCAAAAAACUCAUUCGUUUGUGAACCGUGAUUGGCCAAGCAGAUUUAAAAAACAAAAAUUAUAUGCUAAAACUAUAUAACACAUAAUAAUUUGAUUGGCUUAUUGAUAUUAUAUUAAUAAAAAUGAUCCAAA